AGCUCUUUGUUUACCAAAAUAAGCAACCGAAUUGAGUUGCAGAGAAUCAACCCGCAGAUGAAUUUUAUUUUUCGCUUUGUUUUGUAAUGUUCAUGAUUAUCUUUCUUUUAACCAGCUCGGGAGUCGGGAAACUGUCGAGCAGAGAUACUGAGCAGGAAGUGUAUUUUUAUAAGACAAAGAUCUAAGAUGGAAGCUGUCCAUAUUAAAGAGGAGGCCCCUGACCUGGAACUUGUCCACAUUAAAGAGGAGGUCCCUGACCUGGAACUUGUCCACAUUAAAGAGGAGGUCCCUGAAUUUGAACUUGUCCAAAUUAAAGAGGAGGUCCCUGACCUGGAACUUGUCCAAAUUAAAGUGGAGGCCCCUGACCUGGAACUUGUCCACAUUAAAGAGGAGGCCCCUGACCUGGAACUUGUCCACAUUAAAGAGGAGGUCCCUGACCUGGAACUUGUCCACAUUAAAGUGGAGCGCUCUGAACUAGAACCUAUCUACAUUAAAGUGGUUCUCCCUGAGCUGGAACCUGUCCACUUUGAACCAAACGUAUCCAAGCCUGACCCUUUAGUAAAAAAAGAGUCCAAUAAGCAGAAACAAUGCAUCUCUUAUAGGAAAGCUGUCAACAUGCACCCUGCAUAUGAACAAAGACCAAUCUCUUCCUUACCCCCUGGGACUGUAAAUCUUAAAGAUUCAGUGCCAGGUCAUUCCAAAUCAAUACGUAGUGGCCAUCACUGUAGUGAAUGCGGAAAGAUUUUCUGUCAGUUCUGGCAGCUUAAAUUGCAUCUGAGAGUUCACACAGGAGAGAAGCCCUAUCCUUGUACAGCAUGUGGGAAGAGUUUUAAAGAAUUAGGAACCCUUACGAGACACCGGCGAAUUCACACAGGAGAGAAGCCGUAUCAUUGUACUGAAUGUGGCAAGAGUUUCAAUGAAUUAGGGAACCUUAACAAACAUCAACGAAUUCACACAGGAGAGAAACCAUAUCGCUGUACUGAAUGCGAGAAGAGUUUUAACCGAUCUGAGCACCUUAAAAAUCACAAGAAAAUUCAUACGGGAGAGAAACCCUAUUGCUGUUCUAUAUGUGGGAAAUGUUUCAAUCUGUUAGGAACCCUUAAAAAGCACAAGCAAAUUCAUACAGGAGAAAAGCCUUAUCACUGCUCUGAAUGUGGAAAGAGUUUCAAUGUAUUAGGGAACCUUAGGAAACACCAGCGAAUUCACACAGGCGAGAAACCGUUUAGCUGUACUGAAUGCGGUAAGUGUUUUAAUCGAUCAGAACACCUUAAAAAUCACCAGCGAAUUCAUACAGGAGAGAAACCUUAUCUCUGUACUGAGUGUGGGAAAAGCUUCAAUCUGUUAGGAAGCCUUAAAACACACCAGCGAAUUCACACAGGAGUGAAACCCUACCACUGCUCUGAAUGUGGAAAGUGUUUCAAUGAAUUGGGAACCCUUAAAAGCCACAUGCGGACUCACACUGGGAACAGACCCUAUCACUGUACCCAUUGUGAGCAGACUUUUAAUCAGCUGGGAAGCUUUAAAAAACACAAGCAGAUGCACACACAGGAGUGAAACCGGUCAACUGAGCCCCCAUGAGCAUGUCAUACUUCAAGGAAGUGACUUGAUUUGUAAUGAAAGUAACAAUCCAAUUACCUUAACCGGGCAUGAAACAAAACCAAACAGAGGGGGAACACAUUUACAAUUUCUUAAUUCUGUCCAUGGAACCCACAAAUUGUCAACUGGGGAUAGAAACGGAACAACACCAUACGAAAGGAUCCCCAACGAACAAAAGAGAUCUAGAACUAAAGCUGCUGAAUUAUCUUUGUGUAGUUUUAAAAGAAGCCGGUCCAGGAUAACCAAUAGAAACAUUCACUCCUGAAUCACUGUACUUGGGAGUUGAGAAUGAAGAAGCAGCAGCCACAAACAACCACUAUAGUGAGCUUAGUACAGUAAAUCCUGUUUAAGCCUUUGUGGUCCAUAUAUUCGGGUGCGCCAGGUCCAAUUUAUUUUCACACACGCUGUUUAUUUUACACACGUAAAAAAAAAUGCCCCCCCCCCCC